CAUGCUGGGGUAUUAAUAACACUUCCCAUUUUUUUCUAUUGAGUUGAGAAAACCUUUUACUCAAAAGGGGUUGUCCAUUGGUUAGAGUUUGUGUCCAGCUGCAAUAGACUGAUAACAAGAUUUCUAGCAAUAUAUUAGCAUUCCCUUUUACACCCACACCCAACGCUCAGAGGAGCCUAGUGUUGUAUGAAUCUAUUCCAGUUCCAAAUUCUAAAACCAUAUGUCUUUGCUCACAUUAACUCCCAUGCCUUGAAUGACCAGCCCAUCCUCAUGAUCAUCUGUUGACUUCACCUCCUUCCAAUCAGAUCACAUCUCCUCUAUAAUGCUUUUCCCAACUUCCUCAAGUAUGAAAAUGAUCUCCAAAUGACUUUGACAGCUGUGUGAAGAUGAUUAAAACUUCUCGACUUGGAAGAGGAUAAAGAGAGGAAGAAAAAGAAAAGAAAAGAAAGGAAUCCCAGCACUUCCUUCCAAAACUAUGAGCAGCGGUGACGCAGCUGGGUUUGAGACCUCCUGAAAUCUCCGAGGGAACCUAAGAGAGGCGUCCCGCGCGGACUUGGAGGUUUUUUGUCUUCCCUGGCUGCCUCCACCCCUCCUUAUCCUGACCCAGAGUCCUCUCUGCUAUCUGGCUGCUGGACCUCUGAGAAAUAGAAGUCAUCGGAGGAGUCUGGUGGCUUAGAUUAAAAUGUCCAGUUUCAUUCAUGACCCACCCACUUCAAAAUGAAAACUACGGAGUGAAAGGUGCUAUCCUCGGGUGCUCAGAUACAAUAUCCUGCUGAGAUUUCUGGAUCUUUUUCAUCAUUCAUAAAGACAAGAUACAAAGGAAGGACCACACACCAGAGACAGACAGACCCACAGACAGACAAGCUGACUCAGUGAAAAGCUGGUGAGCAGGAAGAUUUACUCCACUCUGUUCUAAUCAACUCCCAUGGAGAAAAUCAGCUCUUUCUUCAGCAACCUCUGGAGCCUCAUCUAUACCAAACAUGAGCAGGGCAUCUUCAACACUGUGUGUCUGGGAAUACUCCUGGGGCUCCCUGUCCUGGUCCUUUUAGCCCUCCUUUUCAUCUGCUGUCAUUGCUGCUGGAGUAGGUCAGGCAAGAACAGUGGGCAUUCAGAAAGGAACAAGAAGAAGAAGAAGAAGAAGAAGGGUGAAGAGGAUUUAUGGAUCUCAGCUCAACCGAAGCUUCUUCAGCUGGAGAAGAGGCCGUCAUUACCCGUCUAGCAGGAGGAAGGAAGCAAAGGCAUCCUCCUCCUGAGACUUGGGAUCUUAGAUCCAGCCACCACUGUUCAGGGAAGAAGAAAUCCAUGACUGGCUACUCUAGGUCCUCAGAGUGACUUCUAAACUAAGAAACGCCAAAGCUAGCAAAGAAAACAGCCCUGAGACCCAUCGUGACUAGUGGGACCAUAUGUAUACAUGCAAGGGGUAUUUUAGUCAAUUUGACUUAGCCACUGUGGAUGCUCAAGAGAUGAGCAAUAUUUAAUAAUACCCAUUGCAAUAGGUGCAUGCACAUGCUUAUAUCUACAUUAAAAAAGGCAGAUCGUCAUACUUGGGUAGGUAUAGCUGUAGUCAAGGGCACAAAUGCACUGUUAUACACAAACUUUGGGGAAGUUUGUGAAUAUACCAAAAAACAAGAAAAGGAAAAAAAAAUGUGCUUGAACACACAUACAUACACACACACACAACAGGUACAUAGUCAAGUGGACAAGUACAUUACACACUUAUAUUCACCAGUUCACACCUGUAUAGCCUCUUGUCUGUGCAUGUGUACAAACAUUUUUUAAAUGGCAGGAAUGCUUUGCUGACCACUAUCUCCAUUGCUCAAAUUUCUAGAUACAUAGGUCAACUUGUAACUGGCCUAGGGCAAAUCAGUUGGGGAGUGGGGAGGAUUUUUAGGUCUUUCCAUCCCUGUAGGGACAGUUAGCCUUUCACCUGGAAGUGCCUAGAAUAUUUUUUAUUGGGUAGUCCAAGACCCUUAGUUUCCUGAGAUAUUACACAAAUAUUGAUUCACAUUUACAUGCCAUGUCCCAGAGUUCUUGACCCUGACACUGGGUUAACAGCUAACAUUGCUAACAGGAUGGAUCAGAUCGCAUUUCUGCUCUCCUUCCCUGAGAUACAAGUGUUAUACUUCCAAACACCAUUUAGUGUUUAGUUCUCCCCCUCAGGGCUACACAGCUGAGAGCCCUCCUCCUAGCAACAGCUAAGAGAGCUGCCUAAAAAGACCAGGUGGAUGUUAAUAGCCAGGAAACUGUGGGAAACCAGUGGCCAGGUUGAGUGUACAUGUGUGGUCAUAGUUGUUCAAAUGAAGAGAUGUAAAACAGAUGUGGAAAUGAGGAGUAUGUUAUACAGGGUAAAAAGAAGCCAAGGAGGCACACUGGGAUUUGCACAUGGAAUCCAGCGACCAUUGGGUUGGUGGGAGACAGUUGAGUGAGCGGAUGGUUUGUUGAGGAGGCAAAGGUGUAAAAGAAUGAAAAUGGUGGCACUGAAGAAAAGCAAUGAAAGCCAGUGGAUGAGCCCCAGAUGCAUCUUCUAAAGGUCCCCACUGCCAAGGGAACAAUAAUUCUGCCACUAUUGUAGAAAACCUCAAAAUGAAACCCUGAAAGCUUUUUUCUUGUUUCUUCCAAAACCCCACAUUGAACUUUAUUCAUGGCUGAGACUUGGUAAAUUGCCAAUUAUGGCAAUGUUGAUAACCAUUACAAGGAUGAAAUCUUAGAAAAGCAUCAACUCAAAACAAAGUUCCUUCCCACAUAAGUGAAUAUACCAAUUUCUCUAAUGGACGAAGUAUGUUGAAUUUGGAUAAUAAGGUACAAGAAAGAAACAAGUGAAUGUUAUAUAUGUUUGCAAAGAUGGUUAUAUACCCAUAGUAAGCAUAUGUUUAAGAUAUAUUCCCAAUUCAUCCAAGGCCAAAGAACUUUGGGAGGUAGGCCAUGUUCCUUAUGGAAUAUGCGAAAAACAGGCCAUCCCUGUUAAUAAAGGAGUGUGUUUCAAAAAAGGAGUUUGAAUUCUAAGUCAGUUUUUUUUGAAAAUGGGAACUAUUUCCCCAUGGAAGCGAUGUUAUAAUUGGUUGUUCAGUGCCUAGAGCCCUUAAAAGCAUAUUUAAUCCAAUAUGUCACAGUAAUAUAGAAGCAUCCAGUCACAGGAAUAACUUUACUAAGCUUGGAGUCAGGAAUAUCUAGUUUCAAGUACUGCCUUUAACACUAGCUGGGUGACCCUGAAUUAAUCAUUUAACUUCUGUAUUCUUCAAGUGACUGACUCCCUAGGACAACCCACUGAGCCAUAAAAAGUUGGUGAAGGGAGCCCCAGGGAAUGUGUUACAGAAUUUAGAAGUUUCUGUAGUGCUUUAAUAUUUGCAAAGCCCUGUCCUUAACAACCGCAGAGAAUAAAGGCAGUAGAUGAGAAACUGAGAUUCCCCAAAGAUGCAUGAGUCACUGCCUAAGGUCAUACAGCUAGUUCGUUUAGAAUCAGGUUUCAAACUCAAGUCUAUAACAGAUAUAAGCCUAUGAUAAUGCACUCACUGCCACCAAUGAGGUUGGGUUCUAGUUCAACCAUGGUUCUGUACCUUACAACCUACCAUUCAGUUGGAUACAACUAGAGCAGUGUUUCUAGGAGAGACGAUAUUCCAAUCUCCAACCUGGAAAAUCAAAAAUGGCAUGGCAGAGGACAUAGAGACUCCAUCCCACUGGUCUCCUAUCCAGACUGUGUUUUCUGAUGCAUGAAUGGGUCUGGAGGGUUCUUUAGGAAAAUAGCAAAAGUUAAGAGAAACUUUUUUUUUAUCUCUAACCACAUAGCUUGAGAAAAGUGAGGAAGGCAGAGAAGGGAACCCCAUGAGAAUAAGUGAUAGAAAACAAAAGAAAGGAAGCAACUGGAGGCCUUGGAGAGAAGCAAACAAUGGUAGCUUCUUGAAGGAGCCAUUGUGUGGCUACAAGUCUGAGGUCUCUUAAAAGGACUCAACACAGCCUUGGGGAAAAUUUGAGCAGAGGCUUCCCUUCUUCAGAUGUAGAGCUGAGUCAGAGACAGCUUAAUGAAAUUCAGCAGGGCCAGGUCAAAGGAUACCUCUCCCCAAAACUCAAUAAAUUCAUUUUGUUGGUUUAUUUUUAUCUUUUGAAAAAGUAUAAAUGAAGUAAUAUGCCUGCACUUCAUUUUUUUUAUUUUCUGUACAGUUUGAACAGAGAAAAAGUAUUUAAAUAAAAAAGUCAACUCUUUGUA